AUGUCUCAACCACUUGUAUCCAAUCUUUUACUCCCAGAACUGGAACGUCAAUUGAAGGAAGACAAGAAUCUGUGGCCAAAUGUCAAAGGGCUAUUCAUUGUCACUGUUACAAAGAAAAAGAAGCCUCAAGCAAAAUGGUUUCUCUUGCUGCAGGGAAACAAUGUGUUACCUUAUAUCAGUACGAACGAAGAAGAAGUACGUGCAGGAAUCAAGGGAAAAGUUCGCACUGUUCAUAUCCAAGUUGAUGAUGCUGAUCUUUUAAACUUUAUAACAGGAGGAAUGACAGGUGUAAGAGCCUACAUGACUGGAAAAAUUAAAGUAAAGGGAGAUCUCUUGUUAGCCCAAAGAUUGGAAGAAGUGUUUGAAAAGCUGGGUGGAAGAGAGAGAGCCAUUGAGUUUAUAAAAAAGAAUGAAGAGGCUUUUACGGCGGUAAACAAAUCAAAGCUGUAA